AUGGAUGAGAUGGAAGGUGUAGUACGAUCCUUGGAACAGGAAUAUCGGUUGAUUUUGCUACUGAACCAUAGGAACAAAAAUCAACACAGUGCGGCUGGUUGGUAUGGAUCAUUCAAUGAACUGAAAAGAAAUUGUGGACGAAUAAUAAAGCUUCUGAGCUCAUGGAGAUUACAAGCAAAACGCCUAAAAGAUGUCGAGUGGGUCAAUAUGCACAGACUUCUAAAGAGGGCGCUCUUUCGGCAGUUAAAGAGUUGGUACUGGCAGUUCAACGGUAUCAUUGCUUUAGGGCAAUUUGUGACGUUAGGAUGUACACUAGUGGCAUUACUGGCAAAUGUGAGGGCAUUGUAUAUGAAAAUAUGGGAAGUGAACGGUGCCGAGUUUGUAAGAUGUGGAUGUUUUAUGAAAAUGUUGCCAAAAAAAGAGGACAAACCGGUUAUGAAUGAUGUGGAAGAACUGGGGGAAGUUAUUGAUGAAGAUGUUGGCAGCAAUGUUAGUGGAAAUGACCUUGCGGUGUUACCAAUGCAGGUUGCUGAGCCAAAGAACGGCAAGAAGAAAAAUAAAAAGAAAAAGAAGAACAAAUCGGCUAUCGAUGGCAUCUUCGGUUAA